AUGGCGGAGAAAUGGCACCCGAACGAUGCACGCAAGAUCCGGACGUCGUUGGAAAUCUACUUUGCCACUGGCCGUCGCGCAUCUGAUAUUUACGCUGAGCAGCGGACCAAGAAAGAGUCCAAGUGGGCAUCGCAGAACCACGCGCGAGACCACGAUCUCGGCGAGAUACUUAUGUUCUGGCUUUAUGCCCAACGGGAAGUGCUCAACGAGCGGCUCGACAAGCGCGUAGACAGGAUGGUGCAGAAUGGCCUGCUAGGCGAGACCGCCGAGGUCUAUGACCACCUCUGCCAGAAACUUGCGGCCGGUGAAACGGUCGAUCGUUCAAAGGGGAUUUGGCAGUCGAUUGGCUUUCGCCAGUUCGAGCCCUACCUCACAGCGAUGAAGGAAGACCCUGACAGCCCCGAGCUGGAUAAGCUUAAGCUGGCGGGCAUUGAAGACACCAAGUCCGCGACACGCCAGUACGCGAAGUACCAAGUGCGCUGGAUGACCAUGAAGACUGUUGCGUCCCUUCAGGAGGAGAGGCUGCUAGAUCGGCUCUACCUCCUCGACAGCUCGGACGUUCAGCGCUGGAAAGCAGAGGUGCUGGACAAAGGGGUCGAGCUGACGAGGCAGUUCCUCGCCCAUGAACCGCUGCCUUUGCCAGCCGAGGUGUCCGAAAUGGCGAAGGAGGUCUUGGCAGGAACCGUUGAAAGGAGCAACCGCCAAGACACGCCCUGCCGCAAGACCUGCGAGAUCUGCAAAAAGACAUUGUUGACUGAAGAGUUGUGGCAGGCACAUAUCACGAGCAGGAAGCAUCUGAAAGUGGUGCGUGGCGCCAAGAAGAGGCAGCUCAUCCCGGCACAUGCCGUGCCGUCAAGAGCCUUGAUAGCAACCACACCUGAACCACAAGAUACUGCACCUACAAUAGAUCAUCCUUGA